UACGCGACCAGCAGUUGCCAAAAGCGGUUCAAAGCAAACACAAGUGUGCGAUCUAACCAGCGAGCGCACAUAAUCACUUAAAACAAUUGCAGUGUCACAGAAUUAAAAUUAUUAUUUUCUACUUGCUAAGUGUCAACUGCUUUUAAUUAAUUUAUUUAAAUUUUGUGCAAAAAAGUGUCAAAUAGCAGUUAAAAAUGUUGCGUUUGUUGAGAAGUAAUGCGCUGGUGUCAUCCGGCAAAUCCUUGGUCGCCUCUCUGAAUGGCAGCGCUGCCAAAUAUUCCAGCCAAGUGCCAGAUCCACAUAUCAAUCCAGAGAUCCUGUAUACCGGUCUUUUUAUCAACAACGAGUGGCAUAAGAGUAAAACUGGUAGAACAUUCGGCUCCAUAAAUCCCACCACAGAACAAACUGUUGCCGAAAUCCAGUGCGCCGGAAAGGAGGACGUUGACAUCGCUGUACAGGCUGCACGCACCGCUUUCAAAGUUGGUUCACCAUGGCGUCACAUGGAUGCCUCCGAGCGUGGUGUACAUUUGAAUAAGUUAGCUGAUCUGAUGGAGCGCGAUCGCGUCUAUUUGGCGAGUUUGGAAACGCUGGACAAUGGCAAGCCCUACGCUGUCGCCUAUAAUGUUGAUGUGCCAGCGGCUAUUAAGAACUUACGUUAUUUCGCCGGUUGGGCUGAUAAGAAUCACGGAAAGACCAUACCCGUUGACGGUGAUUUCUUUGCCUACACGCGCCACGAACCCGUUGGUGUGUGUGCACAAAUUAUUCCAUGGAAUUUCCCAAUUCUCAUGAUGGCCUGGAAAUUGGGUCCAGCGCUUGCUACGGGCAAUACAAUUGUCUUAAAACCAGCAGAACAGACAAGUUUGUCUGCGCUCUAUAUUGCACAAUUGAUUAAGGAAGCUGGCUUCCCAGAAGGUGUGGUAAAUGUAUUGCCAGGUUUUGGUGAAGCUGGUGCUGCUUUAGCCAAUCACCAUGAUGUCGAUAAGGUCGCUUUCACCGGUUCCACUGAGGUUGGCAAACUGAUACAGCAAGCUUCGGGUCGUAGCAAUUUGAAACGUGUCACUUUGGAGUUGGGCGGCAAGAGUCCAAACAUUGUUUUAGCCGAUACCGAUAUGGACUAUGCCGUGGAGACUUCACACUUUGGUCUGUUCUUCAAUAUGGGACAAACAUGUUGUGCCGGUUCGCGUACAUUUGUCGAAGAUAAAAUCUAUGAUGAGUUUGUUGAACGCAGCGCUGAACGUGCUAAGAAGCGCACAGUUGGCAAUCCCUUUGAAUUGCAUGUCGAACAAGGACCACAAAUCGAUCAAGAUCAACUUCAACGCAUUCUUGGCUUGAUUGAACAGGGUAAAAACGAAGGUGCCAAAUUGGUUGCGGGCGGCAGUCGGGCCAACCAUUUGCCUGGCUACUUUGUUGAGCCCACCGUAUUCGCCGAUGUGCACGAUCACAUGACAAUUGCACGCGAUGAAAUCUUCGGACCCGUACAACAGCUCAUCCGUUUCAAGUCAUUGGAUGAGGUAAUUGAACGUGCCAACAAAUCUGAUUACGGCUUGGCGGCGGCUGUUUUCACACGUGACAUCGAUAAGGCUAACUACAUUGUGCAGGGUCUGCGCGCCGGCACUGUCUGGGUAAACACUUACAAUGCAUUGAUGGCACAAGCACCCUUCGGUGGCUACAAGAUGUCCGGUCAUGGACGUGAAAACGGUGAAUAUGCGUUGCAAAACUACACCGAGGUGAAGAGUGUGAUUAUGAAGAUCACUCAAAAGAGCUCUUAAACUGGUGAUAACGCGCCUAAGAGCAUCUGAACUGUAGAUGAUCUUCAAUGCUACUGAUGUCUGCUUGUGUUAUGUUUUAGCUGUAAUAUUAGUGAAGAACAUCCGAAGUUGUAUCAAAAGCGCACAAUUUUCUUACAUUGUCAUAGAUUUCAUAAAUUCAAAUUUAUUUUGCAUAUAUUUAAGAAAGAACAAUAAUAGCUAGGAGUUGUGUUGAAUCUCUAAACUGAUUCAGCAUUAACUCAAUACAUAUACGCGUGCAUAAUGGAUUUCAUAUAAAUUAUAAAAUUAAAAAUUAAA